UGCGCGCUUAACUUGUCCGAAACCCUCAUUGUCCUGAAUGUACCUAUCGACUCUCUGAGCUCAGCAAUAAUGCCUAAAGUACCCUCCCAGAGCUCCCUGAAAAGCCUAACGCAGUCACAAUCCAAGCAAGCAAAGCAACCGCGAACAAAAUCGACCUCCUUGAAGACCAAGUCUCUGAGUUCUGACGUCCUUGUUCCAUCCUCUUCUAAGGCGAAGACGAAGAGAUUUGAUCCCCUGAGUGUCUUCCAAGAAGUCAUCGACGUCGAUGCGUUGCCCGAACCCGCAAGAAAGCCUGCCUCCGCGCAGACGCGGUCUAAAGCGAGGCCGAAGGAGGUGGAUGUGAAAGGAAAGGGAAAAGAACGUGAGGAACUCAACGACAGUCUAUGGGUCGAUCUGUAUGAGCCAACGACAGAGGAAGAGCUUGCGGUCCAUGUCAAGAAAGUCGACUCCGUGCGGACGUGGUUCAGAGAAGCGCUGACAGGCGACAAGUUGCGCAAGUACCGGCGCAUACUUGUCCUUACCGGGCCCGCCGGCACGGGCAAGACGUCGACAGUCAAAGUCCUCGCGCGCGAAAUGGGCUUCGACAUCAUGGAGUGGCGGAACGAAGCGAGCGCAGGCAAAGCCUACACGGACUGGGAUGAUUACGAUCCCGAUGACUACGCGCCCUCUGCCCACGAACCUUUCAGCACCUUCAUGAGCCGCGCCUCGCGGUGCCGCGACGUCUUCUCAUCGAACGCGCGCCCUCACAUCAUCCUGCUCGAGGACCUUCCCAACAUCUUGCACGCUGGCACCCAGCAGUCUUUUCACGAGUCGCUGCGCAGCCUGGUACAACCCUCGGACGUGGUCCUGCCCCCGAUCGUCAUCAUCAUCAGCGAUGCUGGGCUUCGAGGGACGGAAUUCGACGAGGUUGGCGCGAUGCACGGACGCGACAGUGCCAUCGACGUGCGCACGGUGCUGCCGAAGGAGAUGCUGAAUGGACCGUUCGUGACGCGUAUCCUUUUCAACCCCAUCGCGCCUACCCUGAUGACGCGCGCGCUCAAGGGGAUGCUUGCGAAACGAUCUCAGCAGCCGUCGGGGGAGUUCCUCGACACACUUGUAGCAACGUCGAACGGUGAUAUCCGUAGUGCCAUAAUGGCGCUACAGUUUGCCAGCGUUGCUACGAAGCCAGGGAAGAAAGGCAAGAGCGACCGCGCCGUCCUCGAAGCUAUAACGCGGCGAGAACAAGGGCUUGUUUUGUUCCAUCUUUUGGGGAAGAUCUUGUACAACAAGCGCAAAGGCGAUCCACCGGGCAAGUCGCAGUUGCAAAGAGAUAUCCAGAAAGAGAAGGAUCUCGACCGCACACUGAAGGAUCCGCCGCCUUUGCCAGAUUGGCUGUCCGAGCAUGACCGGAAGGCGAGCCGGGUCGAUGUUGAUGCUAUAUAUGCAGACGCGCCGAUCGACUCGUCAUUGUUGUCGUUGUACAUCCACCAAAACUAUACGCCGUUCUGCGAGGAUAUAGACCAGUGCGAAGGCGUGUCGGAGUGGCUCAGCUGGGUGGACUCAAGCGGGGGAGAGCAGUGGUAUCAAGCAAACCCGCAUCGCUUCCACUUGCUGUCUCUGGGCACGAUGCAUUCGCUGCCGUGUCCUGUCCCUCGAAAGGGCCACAAGAUGUUCAAGCCAUAUUUCUUCGAGGCGCUGAACAAGGAGAAGGAGGCACAUGAUGGCGUGCGCGAUGUACGCGGGUGGUUGGAGGACAAGUGGUCCCGUAACGACGUUGUCACCUCGCUCGGUGGCGUGCUGAAGGCGCGGGAUGUAGGACCACCUCAGACGCGCGCGCCACCAACUCAUCGGCUAUUCACGAACAUGAGCUUCGCUCGUGGUGCUGAAGGCGGCGACGAGCAGCUGGAAGAGACGGAUGCCGUGAUUAGCAGCGAGCCGGCCAUGGAGGAUCAGGACUGGGACGCUGGGUAUGGGACACAGGAUAAGAAGGACGGUGGGUGGCUAGAGAGUGAUGACAUCGAGGACUUCUGACUGUGUAGGCCGUCUCUCGAGCUUGCGGAGGGGUGUCUACUUCCUCUCAUACAGUGCUUCAUCUCGUGCAAUGAAUUUCUUCAGUGCUAUUGUCUUGUGGACCUGUCU